AUGUGGCCGGGAAAGAAGGCGCACGGCAGCCUCAGCCCGGGCAGCCAGUUCUGCACCCCGCAGCUCGGUGCCCAGGACGCGGCGUGGCGGGAAGACCAGCUGUCCUCCCAGCUCUACAGAAACAAGCAGCUUCAAGAUACUUUGCUUCAGAAGGAAGAGGAACUUGCUAGGUUACAUGAAGAAAAUAAUAACCUCCGACAAUACCUGAAUUCUGCCCUGAUUAAGUGUUUAGAAGAAAAAGCCAAGAAACUGCUAUCCUGCCAUGGCCAAAAAAACUGUGCUAUUCUCAAAAGCACCAAGAGGAGAUUAAAAGAGGACCACUGCUUUGUUCCUCAAGAAACUCCUCAUGCUUCCAAAGCUAGAAGGAACCUCUUUAAUGAAUUCACUGCCUGUGAAGAACAAGCCAGCCCUGCUGUGGACAGCUGGGUCUUGCAGACUUUAGGAUUAAAAGAUGUCAAUACUAUUGAUGAAACUUCAGCUAACUACAGUGCCCUGUCUUCAGACCUUGGAAAAGAGACAUACUGCCUGAGCCCUGGUGAAGCAAUAGAGUAUGAGCACAGUGAAGGAGCAGCAGCAGUGUACAGCUGCAGUCAUGUGCCUCCAGCUAACAGCAAUACCCAUCCAUGCAGCGAGGACUCUCCCUUCCUUCCUCAGUUUUCUUCAGCACCAUGUGUCUCCUCAUCAGUGCCAAGCGUUUCCUCCCUCCCAGCCUAUGGGUUGCCUUACUUGACUGGCAAUUUGUCACCCAACAAAACAGAAGUGGCCUUCUCGACAUCUCUAAGUCCUCACCGCAAUGUGAGAACGCACACCUUCCACCAAGGACAAGCCUUCGUGCGCAGGGAUGAUGACGGAGGAUGGAGAUUCACCUGGGUGCCCAAGCAGGCUGAAUAA